CCUGGGAAAGUCGUUUUUUUCAAUCUAUUUGUGGGGGGCGCAGCUCACUGGCCCAUGUGGGAAUCAAACAUGACCUUGGUGUUAUGAGCACUGCCCUCUAACCGUUGAGCACACCAGCCAUCCUAAAAUAACACCAGGGAUUAUUUUAGGCAGAAAUUUCCCUUUGUCAGUGGUUCCCUUUCUCUGAGCAUGGCCCGUAGGGGGAUGCAAAAGAGUUAAUUGAGUCAUGUGACUGCUUAUCUAGGAAGUUGGUUUAGUGGAGGGAAGACAGUCUCAUGCAGAAGUAUAGCCCAGAAAAGGUGUUCAGUGUUGUUGCAGAGGUUGAGAGACUGCUGUGAGUACAGAGAGGGGAGAGGAAAUUCUGCCUGUGGGAAAGUCAAAGUCUAAGCAGGUAAAUUUGAAGGGGAUGGGAGUACAGGGGAGUUCGGAGGCAAGAAGAUGAGGGACAUUUUCCUGAAACUGUUCUCCUGUGUGACAGUGAGUGUAGGCUGAAGGCAUUGGGUAGAUGAGAAUAGAAGGGAGUUUGGACUUUUUCUUUUGGUCUUGGUAACCUGUUCAUUCCUUCAUGUAUUCAUUCAGCAAAGUCACUAAACCCCUAUGAUGUGUUAAGACACUUUUCUAGGUGGUGGGGAUACAUUAGUGAACAAAAUUUAUAAAGGUCUCUGCUUUUGUGGAGCUUACAUCCUAGAAAGAGAAGACAGAAAAAUUUAGUAAAUAAGUAAAGUAUAUGAUAUCCCAGAAGGUGACAGUACCUCAAAAAAAAAUUUAGAGAAAGGUAAAGGGGAUGGAGUGGGGGAGUUAGGGCCUUGUGGUGGGAGUGCAGUUUUAAAUAGAGUGGCCAGGGUAAGCCUUCCACUAAGUGGUGACAUCUGAGAGACUUGAAGGAGGUCUGGGAAAGAAUUCUUUGGAAACAACAGGAUGUGUGUUUGGUGUGUUCAAGGAGCAGCAAGGAGCCCAGUACAGCUUGAGCCAGUGAUUUUGAGCAGGGAACUAGUACAGUUUCUUCUUAGUUUUAAAGAUUGUUGUGAAUAAUGAAGUAUAGGAGCAAGAGGUUCAAAGUUGGGAAUAAAUCACUUUCACUUUCCUGGGGAUAAAAAGUUUCAAAGUCUCUGAGGUGUUUUGGUGGGUGGGACAAAUGCCCGGAAGUGGCCCACAGCAGGAGGUGAAUGGGAGCAGAGAUGGGUGAAAGGGGAAUACCCUGAAAAUCCUUAGACUCUAUAGAAUUGUUAGACUUUUAUUGUUUACUGUGUAAACAUAGUAGCUAUUUCUAUGUAAACACUAUGUAUCCCUUUCUUCCUUACAUGUGUACUACAUUCUUAGUUAGGAAUAAAACAAAGCGUUUGCCAUUGUUAAAGCUGAAGCCACCAGAACAGUAAGAAAUUGGGAAAGUUUUAAGAGAAAAGCUGCAUAUGAAGACCAGGUUUCUUGGUUUUCUACAUCGAACGGGAGGAAAUUGGAAGGGAAUGGGCCUGGUCUCUCUUGACUCCAGAUCCCAAGAGCUCUGUAGUUAGAUCAUCAGGAUGAGUAGAUCCAGCAAAAGCUGCCUCAGGUCACCCAAACUCAGACAAGAGGCUCCUGGGCCACGGGGGAAGCCAAGCACUCGCUGAACCUAGAUCAGGAUAUCUGCAGUCAGGGAUGUUCGAGCUGUCUGUCCGGCAGUCCCCUUUCUCAGCCUCUUCCUCCGCUGACUGGAGCUGGUCUUCAAGCCUCAGCUCGGACACUCCUCGCCUUGGGAAUCAGUGACAUUCAAGGAUGUGGCUGUGGACUUCACCCAGGACGAGUGGCGCCACGUGGACCCUGCUCAGAGGCGCUUGUACAGGGAUGUGAUGCUGGAGAACUACAGCAACCUGGUUUCUCUUGGAUAUCAAGUUUCCAAGCCAGAAGUGAUCUUCAAAUUGGAACAAGGACAAGAGCCGUGGCUCUCAGAGGGAGAAAUCCGAAGACCUUUUUGUCCAGACUGGAAGACUAGACCUGAAGCCAAAUCAUCAAAUCUGCAGCAGAACAUAUCUGAAGUAUCCCUUAGCACAGAUGAUCUCUCACAUGCCACAUCAGAAGAUGCUUGGGAUACGAGUAGUCGGUUAGAGAGGCACCAGGAAAACUGGAAGAGAUAUCUGGGGCCUGAUGUGUCCACCCAGAAGAAAAUAAUCACACCAGAGGAAAGUUUUGAGCAAAAUAAAUUUGGUGAAAACUCUAGAUUGAGCACAGACCUGGUUACACAACUGAACAUUCCUUCAAGGUCUAGUGAAUGUGAUACACUUGGAAUCAAUUUGGGACAUAAUUCAGAUUUACUUAAUCAGAAUAAUAUCCUUGCAAAAAAGAAACCUUAUAAAUGUAAUAAAUGUAGAAAAGCUUUUAUUCAUAGAUCAUCACUUACUAAACAUGAGAAAACUCAUAAAGGAGAGGGAGCUUGCCCCAACGGUACAGAUCAGGGAAUUUAUCCUGGAAAGAAACAUCACGAAUGUACUGACUGUGGAAAAACCUUCCUCUGGAAGACACAACUUACUGAGCAUCAGAGAAUUCACACAGGGGAGAAACCCUUUGAAUGUAAUGUGUGUGGGAAGGCCUUCAGGCAUAGCUCAUCCCUUGGUCAGCAUGAGAAUGCUCACACCGGAGAGAAACCCUAUCAGUGCAGUCUCUGUGGGAAAGCCUUCCAGCGCAGCUCCUCCCUCGUCCAGCAUCAGAGAAUUCACACUGGAGAGAAACCCUAUCGAUGUAACUUAUGUGGAAGGUCUUUUAGGCAUGGUACGUCCCUUACUCAACAUGAGGUCACACACAGUGGAGAGAAACCCUUCCAAUGUAAGGAAUGUGGGAAAGCCUUUAGUCGGUGUUCUUCCCUUGUCCAGCAUGAGAGGACUCAUACGGGAGAAAAACCUUUUGAAUGUAGCAUAUGUGGAAGGGCUUUUGGUCAGAGCCCAUCCCUUUAUAAACAUAUGAGGAUUCAUAAGAGAGGCAAACCUUACCAAAGCAAUAACUACAGCAUAGAUUUCAAGCACAGCUCAUCUCUUACUCAAGAUGAAAACACUCUGACUGAAGUGAAAUCCUAUCAUUGUAAUGACUGUGGGGAAGACUUCAAUCACAUUACAGACUUUUCUGACCAUCAGAGGAUCCAUACUGGAGAGAACCCCUAUGAUUGUGAGCAGGCCUUCAGUCAACAACCUAUUUCUCAUCCUGGAGAGAAACCCUAUCAAUGUAAUGUAUGUGGAAAAGCUUUCAAAAGGAGUACAAGUUUCAUAGAGCAUCACAGAAUUCAUACUGGAGAAAAACCCUAUGAAUGUAAUGAAUGUGGAGAAGCCUUCAGUCGACGUUCAUCACUUACUCAACAUGAGAGAACCCACACGGGAGAGAAACCCUAUGAAUGUAUUGACUGUGGGAAAGCCUUCAGUCAGAGUUCAUCCCUCAUUCAGCAUGAGAGAACUCAUACUGGAGAAAAACCCUAUGAAUGUAAUGAAUGUGGGCGAGCCUUCCGAAAGAAAACCAAUCUGCAUGAUCAUCAGAGAAUUCAUACUGGAGAAAAACCCUAUACUUGUAAGGAAUGUGGGAAAAACUUCAGUCGAAGCUCAGCUCUCACUAAACACCAGAGAAUUCAUAUGCGAAAUAAACUCUAGGAACCCUGAAAUUAAAAAAUGUACAGAAAGCUUUAGCUAAAAUACUAUUCUUACUCAAUAUCAGAGGAUUCUUACUGGAGAGAAAGCUUGAGAAUGUAAUGAAUUAUGUGUGUGUUUGUAUGUUAUGUGCAGAAAAAACUGUGUGCUGACAGACACUUUUUAAAAUAAAAGCUACAUUCUCAGAUCUGAAUGCAGACUUUUGUAAAAACAAUACAAAUAUAUAUAUAACCUGUUGGAAAUGAUAUGCCUAUAUAUUGGACUUUAUAAAGCUUUUUGACAUAUAUGCAGGAGAUCACCAACUUUCAGCAGUUUGACUUGUAACUUUCACUGUUUACAGCCUUUUUUUAUAAAUAAAAUUCCUGCAGUAAUGGCCAAAACUCAUUUUUUUAAAUUGCUUGACAACUGCCUCCAAUUUCAGCUCUUACAUUGAAUUCACCAUGGAAAUCAAUUCCACCUGCAGGAAUUCACCAUUCAAAGAAUUAUACCAACUGGUCCAACCACUUUGUUUUACAGAUGAAGAAACUGAAAACCAAAGAUGUGAAGUGGUUUGCACAGGGUGAUACAGCUUAUAAUGGCAAAGCUGGGUGGAGGAUGCAGGUCUCCUGGAUCUUUGGCCCCAGGGUCUUGCCACUAAAAAGGUAUUUUGAAAUUCAUAGGGCUUUAAAAUAAAUUUUAAAUCAGAUGCACAAACAUUUAAUGAGCACUCAUGAGUUGGAUAUGUUGGGACAUAAAAGCAUGAAGGCAGCAAGACAUGCAAGUUUGUCACAAACUUAUUUGAAGCAACUUCUUGGAAGUUUACAAACCAAAAUGUUAAACAAACUGUAAGUGGUUGAAUUACUACUGGUGAUUUUUUUUUCCUUUUCCCAAUUAUAAUUAUACUUUCAGAUCACGUAUGUCAGUUUCAUAGAACUAUUAAGUCCUCUAACUGUGCUUUUUAUGACAUUUCCAUGAAAAAGCACUUCCCCAAGCUUGGAUCAAUGAGAAAACAAAACUAAGAAGUAUUUUUCCCAAGAUUAAUUUUACUGUAGAGAAGUAUAAACCCAAUUACCUAUUGCCAUAAAAUUUGUCUUUAAAUCAGUUUAGAGAAUCAGCAUAUGUGCUGAGGAAAUAUUUCACCAUAAAAAAAUUAACUUUUUUUUUUAAUCUCUGUGGUGCUUUUCCAUCAGUAAAGCCUGAGCUAAGCUUCAGUAACCCACUCUAAUCCUUAAGGUUCCCUAAUACCUCUCAGAGGCUAUCCUACAGGAAUUUCAAGAACCUUUGUUGGUUCAUUGGCACCAGGAGUUCAGAUAAAUUUGGAAGCAACUGUAGACAUUGACCCCUUUCAUGCAAGAGCAUCUCCUCCCUGAGAUAAGCAAAUGUCCCACCAUAAUGAUGAAUCAUGGGGAAGAGUGAUAUGGGUGAUGCUGAUGAUAAACCUUUCCUACUGGCUUUCUUCCGUGCUAGGUAGAAGGAUCCAUCAUCCUGUCUCAUCCUGGACAAAAUGAGGCAGCUCCCAAACAUUGUAAUUCUUUGCAGGAAAAAUGUGUCUGGAGGCUGAAAUGAUGGGAUGUCUAGCCCAAUGAGUAUCACACGUAGAGCAAGAUGAGCUACUCCCUAGCAGGUCUGCCUUUCCAAGACAUUAACAUUCCAAAAAAUACUUUAUUUAUGAUGUCCCAUGCUUAGCAUACACACAAUGCUAAGGCCAUGCUUGUGUUGUCUGAUACAUAGUGUGACAAUGGAUAAUUCUACUCAGCCCCUCUUCUACUGAUUUGGCUAGGAUGUCUAUCAGGAACUCAUUUUGCUGCUGAUUGUGUGGAGAAUCCUGAUAGUGGACUAUUUGUGAGAAUGGCAUGAAUUGUAACCAACUGAGCACUACCCUACUGUUAUGGAAGUUUAUAAAGACUUAGUUCCUGAAGACCCAAAGGAGACCACUUAUUUAUGUGUGGAGCCUGGCCUAGAUUUGAUCAAUUUCUGAAUCUCACAUCUUCAUUGACAGGGAGGGAGCCCAGUAUAUGUGUAGCUGAUUGAGCAGAGGAUUCUGUAGUCCCAGUAACCAUGCACCAUGCAUUUAUGAGCACCCAGCUUUCUAGGCCACAUGAGAUGCACCCUUGUACCAUCAUUGUAUUAUUUCAAUAAAUAGCCUUAGUUGAAUGAGAGUCAGUUUGUCAUUUUCAGUUUACAGAACUGGCUAAAAUUAAAGAGUGGGUAUCAAGGAGGAGGGAUUAACUGCUAAACUCAUCAGCCACAUGAGUUAGUAAUAACUACCAUUUAUUGAAUGCUUACUACUUGUGAGACAUUGUGCUAAGUAUUUUAUAGCCAUCAUUUCAGUUAAUCCUUACAACUCCCCAUUCUAGGUGUUGUGGUACCUAACUAAUGUCUUUGCCCAGUUAUAGAGAUUUUUUUUUUUUGUCUUGAAAUACCCAGAAGGAUAUAAAAUAUCCAAAAUGGGAUUACUAGGUCAGCAUAUAACCAGAUGGUUUGAGCACAGGAGUAAUUGUCCCAAAAUUGCCAAAUGGAGCCAGGAGAAAACCUUCCCAAGACGGCAGGCAUGAUGUUCCCCAGCACAUGUAGCCAACCUCUGUGCCCACAUGGGAAGGUAAGCAAACACUUCUGCAGUUCGUAGGCAUGUUGACGAUGGCCAUGCUCAGUUCUUUAUAGCUGCUACACUAGUUCAUUCUUACUCAUCUGUUAAAAUUGCACAUGUCACUAUUGCCACUGCCUACUUCAACAAAACUGGUCUCCCUCUUAUAUUUUCACAGAUUACUGUUAAUGUGCUUCACGUUAUCACUUUUGUAUUUGUGGUUAUUUGGUGUUCUCCCCCCACCCCACACUACAUUGUGAGUACCAGGACAGCUGGGUCCACAUCUAUUUUGCUAUAACUUUUGUUCCCCUGCUUAUCUCAGUGCUAGGCAUAUAGUAAUUACUUAAUAUAGUCUUGUUAAACGAGCAGUGGGAUGGAGAUUUGUUGAUAACACUGAGAAGACUGGCUUAUAAAUGAAAAGAUGCUCAAUAUUGAAAUCAGAAUAUUUCAAAAGAAGGUGAGAUACUGUUUCGUACCCAUUAGCCUGGCAAAAAUUUAGAAGUCUGGCAGGAAGAAAAUGAGAGCUUUUAUAUACAGUGUUGGUGAGAAUAAAUUGGUAUAAUCGUUUUGGGAGUAAUUUGGCAAUAUCCAGUAAAAUUGAAACUAAGCA